GGCGGGACGUAGAAGAAGGAGAUUGGUCGAUGGUACCGGUGGUAGGCGAUGCCGCGCGAUGGGGAUUACGGGUCGCGGCUCGAGUCGUCGCAGAACCGUGGAAGGGAUGAACCAUCUGGUUUCCCUGGUUCCCUCACAACGUCCCGUCUCUCUCGUCGCGACCGACCUGGAUUCCCGACACACGGAUCGAGUUCCGUACGGGAACACUCACAGCCCUUUUGUGUACCACGUGAGCCACUCGUCGCUGGUCCGCCGCUGUCCAGUGCGCCCUUCGUCCUGUCAUACCUCGUCGAUUCCUAACCUUCCUUCGAGAACCGAUCCGAGACCUGUCGCGGCCGCAGCUUCCGUCGAACAGCAGCGCCAGGAGGGGAAGCAACAGAGUUCCUCCAGUUUCGAGAGAGUGUCUCCGACCGGACGACGAACGUUCGAUGUUGAUCAUUCGUCGAAGUGACAAGUGAUACACGCAAACAUUGGGAACCAGUGACCACGGUAGUGACUCAGUGUUUUGUAUUAUGACCAACGACGAGCGUUAUCAGUGCCUCGCCAGUGAGGAAGAACGCGGGAUUUAAUUCGGCACUUAGGACUCAAGACGUUUGCGAACAACAUGGCCGUCAGGCGAGCCAGAAUACGCAGCGAUUCGACUGUCGGAUGAAAACUCGUUCUCUAGAUCGCGAGCAGUUUCGGUAUCGCGCUCGAAACUCCAAUUUAGGUGUGUCGGUGAGAUUCAACGAUCGGUGUGGGGGGGCGACAGACGCGCAGAAUGUGUUCGCGAGGUGGCGAACGAUCGCAAUAAUCACACCCUUGAAAAGUAUCAGGAUCGAUUAGGGAAGAGAUAAUGUCUGUUCACUGCGACAGCGACGUGGACGCGACGGAGGAGAUCAAUGUCGACGACUCCGACUCCGGGAGUUGCAGUCCCCAUAAUUACACCAACGACAAUCGUCGUCUGCCGCAAGAGCACUCGGAGUGCUCGAAUUCCCCGCCUCCCAGUCAGACCAGCUCGAGGAUCUUGCAGAACGAAUCGCCGAGGAGCCAUCCGUUCAGUAUUAGCCGUUUGCUGGGCGAGAAUCGCUCGCAGAACCCGAAGAGCCCUUCCUCGGAGGAUUUGGACAGCGAUAAGGAAAGGAAGUGGUCUUGGGAAGAGGGUAACAAUAACGGUGGCUUGUCGAUGACCUUGGACGACGGCAGGAGGUCCUGGGGCCACGAGAUCGAGGAGAAACUGUCCGAAAAGGACGACGACGACACAGGAAGUACUCCCGAGACCCAGACGAAUUCUGUCUCGUCGGUCCACUGCUCCACCGCCGCGGACCUCUUGGCGCCCUUCAGACUUUUUCCAACCGGAACUGGUCUGAUAUACACCGGAGGCGGUGUAAUAAGAGUUCCCGCGCAUCGACCACCCGGUGCUAAUGGCACGACGACUGGUGCACUCCCGGCACAGGCGUUGAUACCGCCGUGGAGUUUGCAAGCUCUUCAACACAGCCAGCAGCAGGCGGCGGCGGCGGGUCUCCACAGGGCGAGCUUACUGGCGAACCUCGCCGCACAUCCGCUUCAGGGACACCCACACCUGAAGGACAGGCUGGCAGUAGCUGGGGCGUUUCCGAGGAGGAUCGGUCAUCCUUACCAAAACAGGACACCGCCUAAGAGAAAGAAACCGAGGACGAGCUUCACCAGGCUGCAGAUCGCCGAGCUUGAGAAACGUUUCCACAAACAGAAAUAUUUAGCGUCGGCGGAGCGAGCAGCCCUGGCGAAGUCGUUGAAGAUGACGGAUGCCCAAGUGAAGACCUGGUUUCAAAACAGACGGACAAAAUGGAGGAGGCAAACAGCCGAGGAAAGGGAGGCUGAGAGGCAGGCGGCGAAUCGGUUGAUGUUGUCUCUCCAAGCUGAAGCUCUCGGGAAGGUAGCUUAUCCGACGACGGUGCCCAGCCAUCCAUCAGGUACCACCGUUACCAGUUUGGACAGGCAGCAACCCCCCACAUCGCUGACCCAUCCCGUUGGCCAGUGGGCCUCGCCGUACGGCCCACCGCAACCCCUAACCGAGCCAAUUUGCUGA